CUUUUUUAAAAAGCAGCCUGUGUGUGUUGAUGACUGGGCGUUUUCUCUCUCUGGUUUUCUUAUCGCACUCUCUCCUUUUGUAGGGCAACAGGAUGGAUGAGCAGAGAUGCACCUUUCCUCCCCCACUCAAGACUGAGGAGGACUACAUUCCUUACCCAAGUGUCCAUGAGGUGUUGGGCAGAAAAAGUCCUUUUCCUCUCAUCCUCCUGCCGCAGUUUGGGGGUUACUGGAUUGAAGGGACAAACCAUGAGUUAGGUGACACAGCGGACACAGAACAGCCGCCACCUCUGUCCCCGAACACCCGCACCAAGCUGGAAUGUAACACGACAGCUACGCUCUUCCGGAAACACUUCCUGGGCAAG